GGCUGGGGUGGGGACGUGGCUUUGGGGACAGCUGGGGACCUUGGGGUGACCCCACCCUGUCUCCACAAGGUGCCACCACCAGGUCCCUCCCCAUGAGAGCCACCAUGCCCUGAGGGGACGGACCGUCCCCACACGGAGUCCCAAAAAAUGGAAGUGAGGGAAAAAUUCAUCCCUGAGGAAUUUGGGGUGGGAAAAUCCGAAACGCUGCUCCUGCCCCUCUUCGUGCAAAGGGCUCCAGACGGGGCCGAGCUGUUUCAAUUUUAUUUUUAAUGUUCAUUUCCAUUUUGAACCUGUCUGGAAUUCCAAGUGGGAUGAGACCCAGGGAAGGACGAACCCAACUCCACCAUCCCCAAUUUUUUUUGGCAGCCUGGACAGAAGAACCCCCACCCUUGAAGGUGACCGGAGCUGUUGGCGGGGUGGUCUUCCUGAACCCCCAAAACCCCCAAAACCCCUCGAAAUACUCCCAAAUCCACUGGCGCUGGGAAAACCAGCUGAGGAUCGCCAGCCGGGAGCGGGGGGAGCAGCCCAGGUACCCCCAGAGCCGCUUUGGGGGGCGCCUGGAGCUGCUGGCCAACGGAACCCUCCGAAUGAGCCGCCUGAGCCUCGGGGACAGCGGCGAGUACCGCCUCCACCUGGAGGAUGACACGGGCAGGGAAAGCGUCCAGAGGGUCCUGCUGAGGGUCUACGACCUGGUCCCGAAGCCCCGCGUGACGGCCACCACCAGCGGUGACUCUGAGGUGUGCAACACCACCCUGAACUGCUCCGUGGCCCUCGAAGGGGUCACCUACGAGUGGAUCCCUCCCCAGAAGCUCGUGAUGAAGGAGGGCCCCAUCCUGGAGGUCUCCAUCAACCCCACGGUGGAAACCUACGUGUGCAAGGUCAGCAACCCCGUGUCCUCCAGCAACGCCUCGCUGACCUUCCGGCCCCCCUGCAGCUGGACAGACGAAUCCUCCUCGUCCGCCACCUGCGCCGCGCCCCGCGCCCUGGUGGCCCUGGGACACCUCGUCCUCCUCUUCCUCCUGCUCACCGUGGCUUGAGGACCCCGCGGGUGGCACCUCCGGUCACCUCCUCACCUGCCAGCACCACAGGACCAACACCUGGAUGAAGAUCCCGAAAUCCUCCGGGCGCGGAAAAACCGCGGGCGCGCGAGGGAGCGGCGUCACCGGGCCCGUUCAGCUCGGGGUUAAUCCGGAAAUCCUUCUCUCCCCAAAACCAUCCCAAAAUCUGCGGGGAGACCCCAUCUGAGCCCUUCCCGGGGUUCCCUGGAAUUCUGGGGGAUCCUCCAAUUUUUGGGAUGGCCUCGAAGGGCGGGGCCAAGGCGGCGCCUUUGGUGCUCCCUGCGAGGGAGGGCUUGGGGUCGGGUUUGGAUUUCCCAGAUGUUUCUUUGCACAUUAAAUUCCAUCCUGGACACCCCA